ACUGCUGUCAACUGUAAGAUGUCUGUGGUUUUCAUGUUGAUUGUUGAUUAUUUUUUUUUGUUUAUUUUAUUCUCCUUGAGACUAUAAAUUUGUGUAUAUUUUACUAAAAAGCCUAUUUUGCAUAAACUAAAAUAUAUUAAUUAAUAUGUAAUAGUUAGACAUCUGGGGCUCGUUUUGUAUUGAUCCACCAAAAUGGACCUAGCCCCAGCAAUACAGGUAAAAGAUGAACCCCUGACUGAAGUAAAAACAGAACAUUCGCUCCCUUUGCUUGGAUCUACAAUAUAUUCGAAUGAGGUUAAAAAAGAACCGAAACAACAGGUUGAAUCCUCAGAGCCUCCAUCUUCAGAUGAAGAAACCCCUGUUCUGGAGCGCCAAGAUAUUGCACCACCUCCAGAGUAUUCCAGUUCAGAGGAAUCAUCAAGUGAUGACCUUCCAAUAACUGUUGCAAAAAGAAGAAGAAUAACAAGCGAAGAGGAUACAUCUGCAUUACUAAGGGACUUCAAAGCAUAUCAAGAUUCUGUAAGAAAUACUAGCAAGCAGAGCACAAGUACCACAGAAACCUUGUCAAAAAACACAGACAAUGGUAACAAAUUCAAAUGCAAAGUACCAGAAUGUCCAUUUCGCACUAGCAAUUCAGGGGCACUUAAAAAACAUGAAAUGAAUCAUAGACAUCAGAAAGUAACUAAAGGCCUUAAUUUUUGCCCACACUGUUCUUAUAAAUGCACUGGAUCUAAAGGAUAUACAGCUCAUCUCAUGCUGCAUGUGAAUGGAUUUAGUAACACAAAUGAUGAUCUUAAUAGUCAGAGUGAGGUGGACAGUCCUAUGAGCCAAAGUGACAGUGAAUCUGAUGUUGAUGAUAGAUUUGAGGAAUCAAAUUUUCCACCUACCCAACCAUUUGUGGAAUAUUUGAAAUAUGAUAAAAAUUUGAGGAGAUGUUUUUAUCAGUGCAAAGAGUGUGAAUUUAAGCACUUUCAUCAACUGUUAUUUGCAAAACAUUUGGAGAAGCAUAAAGAGGAACAAUGUCUGUUAUGCGAUUUUAAUGGGACUCCAGAUAAAAUGGUUAUUCAUAAGAAAAGCCAUGAGGCUCAAAAACCUUUAUUUAAGUGUAUGGUUUGCCCUUUUAAGACGAACGAAAGGACAGAACUUCAAGAGCACAUGAGGGAUAAGCAUAACAUUUUUCUACCAGGUGUAACAAGAAAUGUAUCAAGUGCACCUGCUACUAAAAUUGUUACUGAAAAUUCAACUGUGAUAAAAGAUUUAGAAGUCAAAGAUAAUCAAAAAGAAUGUAAUAAAUCAGAUGAAAACAGUAAAGAAAGGGGUAUGUUUGCAGACCAUUCUGAAACAUCAGGGCAUUCAAGUAGUGAUGAAAGUGAUUCCAGAUCUUGUAACACCCCAACUCAAGAGUUGAACAUAUCACCAAAUCCAGAAGUUGUUUCACCUGAAGAACCAAUGAAUAAAAUCCCAACUAACAGCAAAAAUUCUUUAACAGACCGCUUUUUAAAUGAAAAAUCUGUUAAAGAUCCAACGGAACAACUGGGGAAAAUCUCCAUAAGAAUCACAUCCAACAGCACCAGUCAGCACAAUGAAUUAAUAAAAGCCACUCUUUUGGAAGAAAUCAUGAAAUCGCUUGAGUCGCGUCAAAAUAAAUCUGUAGAUGAGAAAAAUGACAUGAUUGAGGUUAGUAAAAACGUAGCAGAACCAUCAAUUGAUAGUAACAGGCCAGAACAGUUAAAAGAAACAGAAGUAGCUUCUAAUUCCAAUGAUCAUAUCAUAGCAGAACAAUUAAAUGAACCUGAACCAGUUAAGUCUUCCAAACAAAAAAAUAACCAAUGUGUUAAUGUAGGGACCACAAAAUCAAAUGAGGAGAAUGUAGGAGAUAUUGCAUUUGAUAAUGCAGUGCCUGAUUUAAGUGAAGAAAUUAAAGAGGAUUUACAGGAACCCCAAGACAAUAGCGAUUCUUUAAAUGAAAUAUCUAAAACGGAUAAACUUACAGACUCCACUAAUGUGGAAGAUACUCAAGCACUAGAGGAAUCUACAAAUGAAAAUGCCGAUGAUAUAGGUUUAAUUGUAAAUAAAGCAAGGAAAGAAAAUCUUAGCCAAAUAGAUUCAGCUGGUUAUAAAAAUGAAUCAUGCCAAGCCAAUAUUAUAAGUGACCAAGAUUCUAAUAAGCCUCGAUCCAGUAUAUUAUCAUCUGAUACAUGUAAUGAUCAGUCUAAAAACGAAGAAAGUCAUAGAACUAUACAAAAUUUAGAUAGUCAUGUUAAUGUAAAUAAUAUGGACUCUGUAGAUGAUGAGAUAAUUGAAGAUUCCACGUCUCGCAAAAGAAAAUAUCCAGAAUUAGAUAGAAACAAGGAAGGAGCUGCAGAGUCCUGUAAUAAAAAAGAUAAAACAUCUUGUGCAUUAGAUGACAAUAAUGAAAAGGAUGAGCAGCAGGCACAUCAGGAAGAACAUAAUGCAUCAUCCAUUGCAGAAUCAGUAACUUGUACAGAGAAAGCUGCUAAUGUGUCUGAGACCAACAAUACUGAAUUUGUGCGGAUUGACAGUGCAUCUAAUCUAAAUAAUAAUUCAGUAAUAUUUAAUGAUGCAACUAGUAAACACUUUUCUAAUGAGUCAAAUCAGAAUACAGAUGCACUUGUUUCUAUUGAGGGAGCUGUAUGUCCUGGUAUAUCUGUAUCUGAGAGUAGCAGUGCUGAAAUUGGUAAAAUGGAAAAUGUUUGUAGUUCAGAUUUAGAUAAUGAAUCUGUGAUAAUUAGUAAAGAGUUCCUUAACGAUCCCAGUCAAGAAAAGAACAUUAACAUCAUUGAAAAACAACUAUCUAAAAGUAUACAAGCAAAUAAAGAAGCAGUUACCGUUGAUUCUAACAUUAGAAACUUGUUUGAGGGUGGUAAUACUGAAAUUAAUAAAGCAGCAGAGGGCUCAAUUAAAAAUCCUUCAAAUAAUGAAUCACCGAUUCAAUCAAACUUCAUAGUUGCUGAAGAAAAUUGCCUUGAAGAUAUAAAUAAAAUUAAAGAAUUAGGCCCAUAUAACAAGAAAGCUGUAGCACAAUAUAAAAACCUUUCUAAGACAAGUAAUACGAAAAUCAAUAAAAUCGAAACUCCGACUUUAAAUAAUGAUUCUCCGAACGAAGUGUGCCAAAAAACGAAUAUUAAUAAAGAAACAUCCACAAAAUAUUCAGUAUCAAUGAGAGAAACUGUGUCCUGCAAUGUAAAUGGUCCAGAAAUUAAUAAAAUUAUAGAAAUUCCUAACGCGAAUCCAUCUGAUGUAAUUAAAGGUAUAAGAAAUUUGCCCAAAGAGCUGAAUCAAGAGAUAAAUGUAAUUAAAAGUUCCAAUACAGAAUCAGCUGUUUGUAUCCAGGACGCUAUUGCAGGUCCCAGUAAUUGUAAAUCAAAACAUUUCAUACAAGAGAGAGGCAGAGGAGAACAUUUUACCAAAGAAAAAAUCCAAGAAAAGGUUAUGCAUCCACAUGAAACUUGUUUAGCAGACAAAGAGGAACAAACCAAUAAUAAACAAAAACAAGAAAAAAAUACAAUUUUAGAUAAAACUUGUGAGCCCCAUGGAUAUUUUAAUAAAGCGCCAAUCCAAGAAAAAGCUUUUGCUUCAGAUACAACUACAAACAAAUCGGUAAACUCAGUCAUCGUGAAUGGUACAUCCAAGGAACACUUGGCCAAAACUAACACAGAAGUAAGUUUAAGCACAGACAAUAUAUGUGAAAGAACUUAUACUAGUAAAUCAAAAAAACACAUUAAUUAUACUGAUAAACAGCCUAAUGUCCCACAAAACUCUGUUAAAAAUUUAACAAGUUUAAACGUGGAUAAUAAUUUAUUUACCGCUGACCUUAUUAACGAAAACUUAUAUCAUAAAUUUUUAAAUGGUUUCGACGACUCUUCGUUCUUCUGUAGCAUGUUUGAUGAAUUAAUCGGUCAGGGUGAGGAACGCGGUUCUAAGGAAUCCAACCCGGUUAAGCCAGAUGAAACAACCCAAUCUGAGGAGAAUGUUAUUAAUAUUUUUGAUGACCUCAUUGAAGAAUUUGAUCCACCCGGUGAUCUCUUGGUAAAUAAUACAAAUGCGACCAUCGACUUACAAGAAACUAGUGAGACAAAGGAAAACACUUGUAUUAACACGGAUAUAUAUGACACAUUCCAUUUGUUAAAUAAAGACAUCAUUUACUUACCGGAAAAUUGGAUGAAAAAUCAUGUAAAAAGCAUGUUUGAUGAAUUAAUCGGUCAGAGUGAGGAAAGCGGUUCUAAGGAAUCCAACCCGGUUAAACCAAAUGAACCAACCCAAACUGAGGAGAAUGUUAUUAAUAUUUUUGAUGACCUCAUUGAAGAAUUUGAUCCACCCGGUGAUCUCUUCGUAAGUAAUACAAAUGCGACAAUCGACUUACAAGAAACUAGUCAGACAAAGGAAAACACUUGUAUUAACACGGAUAUAUAUGACACAUUCCAUUUGUUAAAUAAAGACAUUAUUUACUUACCGGAAAAUUGGAUGAAAAAUCACGAUGUGGAAUAUUAUCAUGAGAAUGACCAUAUUACAACUGUAGGGCCUAAUGAAAUUAAUAAUUGCAUAAUAGAAAAUGUUACUGAACCAGAAACACCAACAGAAACGAACCAAAUAAAUAAACAUGUUCCUCCCAAGGAUCGGAAUAUAAAUAAUACACAAACUGUGUCUAAUCAACACUCCAUUUCCCAUCGCUCAAAGACCGUAAGAGGUAAAGGGUUAAGCCCAAAAGAGAUGAUCGAACUGAAAAAAAAUGUAGAAGUUCCGCAGGGUAAUAUUGUCUCGAGUUUUAGGGAUCACGUUGACGAAGCCAUAAGAAACUGUAGCUCGUUUGUUCGUGUCACUUACUCUGGUGGUUCCAAAGUUAUUUAUCAGAAAGAGAGGGGAACAACGAAUCAAAGAAUAACCAUUGUCCACAUAAAUCCGACCAGAAACAAGCCGGCUUCUAAUCGACAAAUGGCAUCUGACGCUUCACCAUCAUCCGACAAUGAAGUUCGCACCACAACUGUAUCCCCUAAUGAACCACGCUUCAUCGAAAAAUUAACACCUACACUACCGCGAAUAACACAAGAUACUUACAGCUCAGUCUUCCCCAAAUCACCGGUCUUUACCCUUAAAGCCAAAAAAGGAAUCGGCGAAUCUCGAUGUACUCUUUGUCCGGCCAAAAUCUCCGGAGGGCCAAAUAGAUUGAAGCAGCACUUAGCAGAUCAUCAGCCAGGUGCGAGAGGCAUCAAAUGUCCUUGCUGUACGUUCAGAAAUGGCAAAAGUGAGAUUUUUAAUCAUAUUUUUAUUCACGUGACGUUCGUUGACGCGGAUAAGUGGAUAUGCCCGAUUUGUAAAGCUGAAAGACGCACCAAGUCCGGUUUAAAUGAUCACGUCAAAGUGGAGCAUCUUGUUGAUAUCUGUAAAAAACACGACGCAGUAUGUGCGAGUAAAUACUGUAAAGGACGAUGUAGAGUACUUUAAUUUUUAAGAUAUUGGUCUUAAAUAUUAGAAAUUUUUAAUGUGCAAUUGAAACGAAUUUAAAUCCUUCCGAAAAAUAUGGUACAGGAUACAGGGUGGUUCUCCGGGAACGGCUAAUAUUGGCAACGUAGCAGGGUCAUUCGGAAACACACCACUAAAAUAUCUUGAUAGUCAAUUGCAUUAAGUAGAUAUCGAUUGCGGUAAUAAAAAUGGAACGCCCUAUAUAUUAUUACAUGAUUAGAUUGCUAAGUUUGAAAAUUAACUAUUUUAUGACAAUAUAGGUCUCCUGAAUUAUGAUAGAGCCUCGGAUAGAGCCACUUUAAAAAAAGUCGUAUCGUGUAAUUUACUUUAUAUUUAUACUAUUUAGUUUAUUGAUUGAGACACGUUAGGUUUUGCUACAAAAAAUAUCAAUUCUUUAUCUUUGAAUCAUGUUGCUAUUUGUAAAAGCAAAGAAAUGAUAAAGGCUUUGGAAAAUGACCAGAAACAUAAAAUCGAUAAAAAAAGAUAAUAUGAUUUUUCUUCAUAACUAUUGAUUUAUCAAAUUUUUUAUUGGUGCAAAAAAGUUACCUUACUGAUUCGGGUACUUGCCUGUUUUCAACCAUGUCUCUACCUCUAACUGUAAAGAAAUGAUAGAAUUUUUCGUAAACCACUUAAAUAAAGAUUAUUAAAAUCAAACAUUUAUUCCAUCAGGUUAAAAAUAAACGUAAAAGCACAUGAUUUAAUAACUGACGAAAAUUUUAACCGAAUAUCUAGUAAAACUGAAUGAGCAUGCUAAGAUCUUAAAGAAUACAUUGUUGAUAUGAUGAAUUAAAUUAUUUCACACCUUAAACCACUAUUUCCAUUAUUAUAAUAAAGAUAAUGCCUGUCAAUUACAAUAAGAAUUUUUGAAGUAUAAUAUAACAAUUGUUGUCAAUUAAAUGGGUUAGCAGAAUACAAUCAUUAAAAAUUUUGUUCGUUUUGUAAAGUGCCGUUCUAUGGACCCCUAGAAUCAGCAUACUGCUCUAUUAUGACAAUGGAGUGUUGUGUUUGAGGAAACUUCUCUUUUGUUCUUAUCCCUUACGCUCCCGAGUCUACUUUUUUUAGAAUUUUGAGACAAAACUUUACGCCAAUGCUUAUUAUGAUCUCAUUAGAGAUCCUAAAAAAGAAUCACAUUUGAUAGGAUUUUAGGGACUCUCACGAUUGUGUUGGAUAGGAGUCAAAAUGAUAGUGGCACAAAUGUGAAAAAAAUGAAAAAUAUAUUGAAAAUGUUUAUUUCUACGAAAAUACACUACUUAACAUGCAAUGUUUUGAAGCAAUUUUGGUUUUUUUGUAAACAUAAGUAAACAUAAUAAUAGUAUAUUAAGUGUAAUACAUUUGAUUCUUGAUCUACUUUGACAGGAUUCCAGGCGACAAGUGUUUUCUGUGAUUUUUUUGAUCCUCAUGUACUGGCCAAUGAUCAAACCCAUCGAAUCUUUUAUCUUCACAAGGUAGAGGUGUAUAUCUUACCUUCUUGGCAGAAGGUUCUUCAUUUUCAUCCGUUUGAGCGUGUUCAUAGUUUAGAUUUCUUUUUUUUUUGAUCCACAAACCAUAAAUUCUCCUAAUGCUAGUCGAAACUGCAAAAAAUCUAAGAUUUGCUUUGAGCUAUAUCCAUUUUUUUUAGUCAUUUCGAUAUUCCAUCCAAGCUAUUCACAA